AUUGUCUUCCUGAGUCCCAGGAGAAGCCGAAGGAGCUCCCAGCCAUGGAAGACCCUGGUGAGACCGGAGCACACCCUCUGGGAGCCACCAACCUGAACUUUGUACCUGGGCACCAACAGAAAGAAAAGCCAUCUACAGACCCACUGUAUGACACACCUGAUACCAGAGGGGUACAGGCAGGCGGGUCCCAACAGCCAGCACGUACUGUGAGCCUUCGGGAGCGGCUGCUGAUCACCCGGCCUGUGUGGUUACAGCUGCGGGCCAACGCUGCAGCCGCGCUGCACGUGCUGAGGACAGAGCCUCCGGGGACCUUCCUGGUGCGGAAAUCUAACACUCGCCAGUGCCAGGCUCUGUGUGUGCGGCUGCCAGAAGCUAGUGGCCCCUCUUUUGUCUCCAGCCACUAUAUCGAAGAGAGUACUGGCGGUGUCUCUUUGGAGGGCUCAGAGCUCAUGUUCCAGGACCUGGUGCAGCUCAUCUGUGGAUACUGCCGUACCAGGGACAUUCUUCUCCUCCCUCUCCGACUCCCCAGAGCCAUUCAUCAGGCAGCCACCCACAAAGAGCUGGAGGCCAUCUCCCAUCUGGGCAUGGAGUUCUGGAGCUCCUCACUCAACACCAAGGACCAACAGAGGCCUUCGGAAGCCCCACCCAUACCCCGGCUGAAGGCUCGCUCCCCUCAAGAGCUGGAUCAGGGCACUGGUGCUGCCCUCUGCUUCUUCAACCCCCUCUUCCCCGGGGAUCUGGGCCCCACCAAACGAGAGAAAUUCAAGAGGAGUUUCAAAGUGCGAGUGUCCACCGAGACCUCCAGCCCUCUGUCUCCACCUGCUGUGCCGCCUCCCCCAGUCCCGGUGCUUCCAGGGACAUCUUCCAGCCAAACGGAAAGACUGCCCCCUCGACAGCUGCUGCAGAGGGAGAGCUCAGUGGGAUAUCGUGUGCCAGGAAGUGCUGCCAGCCCUUGUCUUCCUCCCCUACCUUCCCUUCAGGAGGUGGACUGCUGCUCUCCCAGCAGCUCAGAGGAGGAGGGCUCUUCAGGAAGCCCUACAACCUCCCCACGCCUAAGCCGCCCAAGGCACCGGCGGCCUCUGCUUCGGUCCAUGAGUUCUGCUUUCUGCUCUCUGCUGGCACCAGAGAGGCAGGUGGGCCGGGCAGCCACAAUGCUAAUGCAAAACCGAUACACAGCCGUGGGUCAGCUAGUGCAGGACCUACUGACCCAGGUUCGGGCUGGUCCCGAGCCCCGGGAGUUGCAGGGCAUCCGCCAGGCCCUAAGUCGGGCCCGGGCCAUGCUGAGCGCAGAGCUGGGCCCUGAGAAGCUGCUACCACCAGAGCGGCUGGAAUUGGUCCUGGAGAAGUCCCUGCAUCGCUCUGUUCUCAAGCCUCUUCGACCCAUUCUGGCUGCCCGCCUGCGGCGCCGGCUUUCCGCAGAUGGUUCCCUCGGCCGCCUAGCUGAGGGCUUCCGCCUGGCCCGGACCCAGGGGCCUGGAGCCUUCGGGUCCCACCUGACUCUUUCUUCCCCAGUGGAGACAGAACAGGUGCGCCAGAAGCUGCUGCAGCUCCUUCGUGCCUACUCACCUAGUGCCCAGGUCAAGUGGCUCCUGCAGGCCUGCAAGCUGCUAUACACAGCCCUGAAGAGCCAGGCAGGAGAGAAUGCAGGUGCUGAUGAGUUCCUGCCUCUGCUGAGCCUUGUUUUGGCCCAGUGCGACCUUCCUGACCUCCUGUUAGAAGCUGAGUAUAUGUCAGAGCUCCUGGAACCCACCCUGCUCACUGGAGAGGGUGGCUACUACCUGACCAGCCUCUCAGCCAGCCUGGCCUUGUUGAGUGGCCUAAGCCAGGCCCGAGCACUGCCACUCAGCCCAGCACAGGAGCUCCAGCGCUCCCUGGCCCUCUGGGAACAGCGCCGCCUGCCGGCCACCCACAGCUUCCAGCAUCUCCUCCGAGUAGCCUACCAGGACCCCAGCACAGGUUGCACCUCCAAGACCCUGGCUGUGCCCCCAGGGUCUUCAAUUGCCACGUUGAGCCAACUCUGUGCUACCAAGUUCCGAGUGACCCAACCAGAUGCGUUUGGCCUCUUCCUCUACAAGGACCAGGGCUACCAUCGCCUGCCCCCUGAAGCCCUAGCCCACAGGCUUCCUGCAACUGGCUACCUCAUCUAUCGCCGGGCAGAGCGCCCUGAGACCCAGGGGGCUGUAGCAGAAAAGGCAAAGACAGGCAGCAAGGGGCCAGAGGCAGGAGCAUGGGAGGAGGAGACAGGGGGUCUAAACAGAGAAGGGAAACCUCGGAUAGCUGUUGACCAAGAAGGCAAGGAUCAGGCCAGAGGAGGUCACAUAGGACCAGAGGAACAAAAGGCAGAAGGAAGCCAGGCUUUGGAAGAGUAGCUAGGAAGAACCAAAGGGGUUACCUGGGCCCCCGGGAGCCUCUAAGUCCACUCUUCCCAGCUGCCAAGCUUCCUUUACCACCCACCCACAGUUCUCUGUGGUGUCUGCCACCACCUCUGGCCGAUCUUCAUAAGUCCACCUGCUAGGGAACAGGGAGCUGGCCAUAUAGACUAGAGCAGCGUUAAGAGAGCUGGGAGACUCACAGACCCUCUGUUUAAGGCCCCUGGCUUCUGUCUCCCCAUAGCCCACAGGGAUAAACGUGUCUGGUAAGGGGAAAAUCCUCCUGAUAGCCAUAGGGGCGUGGUGGGAGGGUAGUCCUGGCUUCUUUUGCCUCUCCCACUGCCCAUGGAGAGAUGCUGGAGCAUCAAGACCCUGUGCAACUCCAGUCUCUCCUAGUUCUAGGGGUCAGGGAACCAGAAUGGCAGCAAAGCUCCCCAAACUAACAGCUCUUCUCAGACAUAGCAUCUGGUGUGCAAAGAAGGGAUAUGACUGCUGUUCUGCAGGGUUCCUAGAGUGACCCAGGACCUACAUGGAUGGUUGGCGGCUCAGCUCAGGCAGGAGAAAGAAGAAAGAAUGAGUGUUAGCAGCUAUGGCAAGCCUGUCCCGUAGGCAGCCUCUACCAGGCUACUACCCUCACCUGUGUCUUCUUUCCCGGUCAGUUCAGAGAUGGUUGUCACCCUGGAGGUCAGGCCGUAGGAGAGAAAGCAUCUAUGUUCCAGUCUUUUCUCACGAUCAGAAAUCUGUUGAGGGGCUGGUGAGAUGGCUCAGUGGUAAGAGCACCCAACUGCUCUUCCGAAGGUCCAGAGUUCAAAUCCCAGCAACCACAUGGUGGCUCACAACCAUCUGUAACGAGAUCUGACUCCCUCUUGUGGUGUGUCAGAAGACAGCUACAGAAAUCUGUUGAGACACUGAAGUAUUUCUGGGAAAUUGGACCCUGAGAAAUAAUGCACGCUAGCAGGAAGAGAAGUUUCCAGAACAGAGAGGUGCUCCACAAACAUUGCCGUCGUACCCCACUCCUUGGGUCCUUACUAAAGCUUGAUAAUGAGGAAUGGUGUAGCUGUGGGCCCCACGGCAGUACAGGUUAGGUAAUUCCCAAGACGUUCCAGCAGACUAGCCCUCCAGGCUCAGGCAGCAGCCCCAGAGGGAAGCCCACUGCAAAUCUGAGCAGAGAAAAAUACCCACCAAAAGCCACAAGAGGGCGCAUACAGCCCGAGAAGCUGCUGAGGGUCACCCACCCUCUUCACUCCCCUACCCUGCCCGAGCAGUGGGAGGGGGGUGGCUAAAGAGAAUUUAAGAGCCUCAGAAUGUGGACAGUCACUGGCCUCACACACUCUUAUAGCAGCUUGGGACAUGCAGAGCAGAGACCCCUUAUAGUCAGAGAUUCUUAGAAGAGGAUUGUUUCCGGACAAAGGAGGACCACAGCCAGGCUCAGAGCUGCUCUCCUGGGCCUCUGAGUACCAGGGCACCAACUUAGAUGUGAUGCACAUACCAACAGGAGGUAGACUUUCAAAUCCACAUCUAGUCAGUAUAGGGUUCCAAACUAGUCACUAGGCCACCAGUGUUCCUUGCCCACUUCUAUGCCCCUCCCUCCGCAGGAGGGAAAAGUGUGUGAUAAGGGACAAGUUCAUCUGAUAUCUAACAUCUGGUGGGGAGGGUGGCCACGGUUCUUUUGGCCUUUUCUCCACCACCCAGGAGGGGCCACACACAAGGCUGCUGGAUCUUCAAGGCUCUAAACAGCAUGGCCCCCUAUUCCAUUAUAUGUCUUUCCUUCCUCCCUAAUCCUUUGUACAGGAUGGAGCACUCUGCAGGUGCUCAAUAAAUGGUGUCUACUGA